GGCGUUGGACGGUGUUCGCGUCAGGUGACUCACUGUGACUCAUCAACUACAGGGGCCAGAUCACGCUCAAGCUGCUUCAAGCUGCUGGGGGGGAAGUGGAGUACUAGGGGCACGGGACCGCAUGACCGUAGAGACCUGCAUAUACAGACACCACGAUAGCAUCCACUCGGGCCACUGCAGCAGGUUUGAAGCCCAGCAUGAAGAUCAUCAAAUUCAAUGCACACUACCCAGGGAUAGUGCUCCAAUUCCUCUGCAGGCAUAGUAGAGUCACGCGCUGCUGAGUCUUGUGAGGUGUCUGAUUCAUAUCAAUGGGCGUUAAACUCGAUGUACAGUCGCAAGAUAGCGUUCAUGGUCCGGAAUCUGAGUCUACGAGCGAGAUAGUGGAGCUCCAUAGUCCAAACUGCCAUUGGAACCGAGACGCUCUUCUUCAUCGCAUCAAGACGUGAUGGUGAUUUCGUGCAGUCCAACUGUUCGGAACGCGUUCCAGGGGACGAUCCGAACCAGCUCUUUUCAAAAUGCGGAUUUCUGCGUUGGAUGUGGAUGGUGCUCUGCUUUGCCUUUGUGAGAACUGGCGCGUCACUCCUCCGAGUCCGACGGCCAUGAUGAUCAACAGGUGAUUAGAUUAGCGAUUCGAUGUGAUUGACAUCUUCCUUCCUUUCGCACGAUCUGCAUGUGAGUGGGCGUGCUACGUUCCUCGCUUGCAGACAUCCGUCGUUUGUCCUUGUCCCUUGAUGACUGACGGAUGAAAGCAGCGCCAUGCUGCGCUAAACUGAAAUUCGGGGCCGUGGCCCCGGUCUGCGAUUCCCACUCUGCGGGUCGGCCCUCGAACGCAGGCCUCGCUCCAGGAUCGCGAUUGGGUGGGUGGGUGGAAAUGAUCUCCCUCUGCGUCCAUUUCGCCGAAACUGCAACAAAAUAUCAGCGCACUUCCCCGGAUGUGCUUCGCGUUCUGAUUUUCCAUCGCGUGCGUUAGUUACCAGCGUCCCGCAACCCGGGUUGCUUGCUUGCGGAACCCGAUUACGCACUUCUCAUUUGACAAACGAGAGCCUCCCCAGGGCCGGACGCUUCACCCCGUCUUCAGCGUGGAAGCGCCAUCUCGUUCGGGGGGGAUGCCGACAUGGCCAGACAUCGAGAACAUUCCAGUUGUGUCGUUGGAGGCCUGCCCGGGUGACGCGUGAUGCUGAUCCACCGGGCUUCGCGAGCUCCGUCCUCUCACAGCGCGCGGUAUUCUGCUCCCGUUCGCCGGCCACGGAGAAUGUGUAUGUCAUGGGCAUGGUUGUCCUCCGUUCAGUCCGGGCGAACGUUCCCCGUUGGCCCUACAGUCUCCGCUCCCGUCUGUGCGCUGUGGGAUGCAGCUCGUGCGCACACGACUCGGCUGAUCUGGCCAUCGGUGCGAUCUACAUAUCUAUCUAUUUUUCAUUCAAUCCCCACCUAUCAGUGUGACAUCUGGAGAUCCCAGACCCAUCACAUGGCGCGCAUUGCGGCUCGCGAAUCAUGCAACAUUAAUCACCGAGGCGGGGGAGACAUAAUGCAUCAUCACAUCUAGUUUGUGGGAGGGCCGCGGUACCUCCGGCCGCACGAGCCGUUAAGGAAGCCUAAAUGCGGUUGACAUCGAUCUCUGCGCAACCGCCGACAUGUGGCAGAGGCUGAAGUGGCAGUCAAGCUGCACUGAGUGUGGGACCAGGAGAAGAAGCCUCUGUCACCUUUCGCCCGCUCUCAGCAUGCACCUCCCCCCCUCGCGUCCCCCACCCCUCGCGCCCCUCCUUCCUCAAGAUGGCGGUCGUCGACGUUCACCUGCUGUUUGGGCCUAUGCUGAUCGGUGUUUUCUUCAACAUGAUCCUGUAUGGGGUCCUCGUAGGCCAGAUGCUCACCUACUACCAACUCUAUCGGAGGGACUCUUGGAGCAUGAAGGCUCUUGUAUAUUUUCUGUUUUUCGUGGAGACUGUCAAUACGGGAUUCGACAUGGCAUUCAUGUACCAGCCGCUCAUUGCACAAUACGGGGAGCCACCCCUCAAGUUCCCCACAUUCUUUGUAACCGAACCGCUGUGCAUCGUGCGUGCCCACUUCAUAUCAGCUCAGCAGCAGCCCGUGAGCUCAUACGGAUCCCGCGUGCAGGUCGCUGUCUCCACCCCGAUCCAGCUGUUCUUCGCGUACCGGAUCCAGCGGCUGCAAAAGUCGUGGUGGAUACCGCUCGCGAUCGCCCUGCUCGCGUUCUCGUCCAUGGCCGGGGGGAUCUGGACUGCCGUUGGCAUCCGAGUUUUCGCCACAUUCAAGAACAAGCCUAAGCUGCACAACUCGGCUCUCGUCUGGUUCCUGUCGUCCUGCGUCGCCGAUGUCCUCAUCACGGUCUCGCUGGUGUUCAGUCUCGCGCGGCGCAAGACCGGCUUCUCCGGUACCGACACUGUAAUCGAUAAGAUUAUCAGGAUGACCAUCCAAACGGGCAUGAUAACCGCUCUGUUCAGUAUCCUCGAUGUUGUCAGCUUCAUGGUUCUCCCCCACGCCGCCGUCAACUUCAUCUGGGAUCUCGCGCUGUCCAAGUUGUAUACCAACUGCUUGAUGUCGACGCUGAACUCCCGUGCCUCGCUGAACGACAUGUCCGGGACCCGGAACACCUCCGAGCCCCGGAUCCGCCCGAACUACGCCGGGCAGAGCUCGCCCGUGUCGCGGCGCCAGCACGAUACGUUCAACGACAUCCACACGAGCAGCAACGGAUUCGAGCUCGAGGUGCAAAAAUCAAACUACGACAUGUCGGCGUCGUACGGCGGCGGCGCGAACGGCAUCCAGGUGACCAAGGUAGGCAUAGCCCGCGUCGUCGAGCACGUGAAAGACCCGAUGCCUACCCACCCGCAUCCCUACACCCAGUAAUAAGUUAUCCAUUAUCCCGGGUUCGCACCGGCAGCGGGACCAGUGGGCUCGGCGCCGUGCAUGUUAUUUAUCGGUAUCUCGGGCGAUUGGUGGAUUGUAGAGUGUAAAACAGAUGGGAUUGUAUAUUGCGUAAUGGAAUAUAUGGCUACUGUGGGAGCGCAAUCGCACUGCAAUAUACAUACAAAGAUCA